CACUCAGCCCGUCUGUGGUGCAACUUCACAUCUUAUUGUUAGUAUUGGUUCCCGAAAACACGAAAGUGACGCAACUAUUUCACCAAUUUCAUCCUUACAAAUCCUGUGCAACAAACACCUAUCCUGUGGCAACAUUAUUGACCAUGUUGCGCAACACCCACUACCAAUGUCUAAACAGUGGCAUAAACAUAGUUAUCAAAUCAAAGCUGACAUACCGACACUAGUGCAAAGGUUAUCGAGGUACGAUUGAUAAUAAGACGCAAGUGGACUCCGCCAUUACUGUUCGAACUAGGGGUCCGGGACGCGCGCAUGCGUACAAUAACCGCAAGGCGAAUAUAUACCGACCCGAACUCGGCGCGCCGGCUGUUGGAAAUAGUCCUUCGAGCAAUUUUUAACUAACCAUAAAUUAAAAUCUGUUUAUUCUUAAAAAGUUUCGAGUGAAAAAUGCCCGGGAAAGCUAAUGGACCUGCGGAGCCAGGCGAGACCAUAGAGCUAUUGGACAAAAAGCGCUCAGACGGGAUGGCAAACAUUGGCGUGUCCCAUGAUGUGCUGGUGGAGUCCCGUGACACCGGUCGCAAGCUGCCGCAGUACAUCGCUGCGCUAGCAGCGACCCUGGGCGCGCUCGCGGCCGGUACCAUGCUGGGUUGGUCGUCGCCCGUCAUCUUCAAGAUCAAACAGGAGAACAGCACCGACUACGACUUCUCAGUCUCCGAGUCGCAGGGCGACUGGGUCUCCUCCAUGGUCAACCUCGGCGCUGCGGCGGUUUGCUUCCCCAUAGGCCUCAUAAUGGACUCUAUAGGCCGGAAGAAAACCAUGCUGGGCCUAGUAAUACCCUUCACCAUCGGCUGGCUGCUAAUCAUCUUCGCUUCGAACAUAGGUAUGCUGAUGGCGGGUAGAUUCAUCAUCGGCAUAGCCGGAGGAGCCUUCUGUGUCACCGCACCGGCGUACACUAGCGAAAUCGCACAGGAUUCCAUCAGAGGAACGCUCGGAAGCUUCUUCCAACUGAUGGUAACUGUCGGUAUCCUAUUCGCCUACGCAGUGGGAAGCUACGUCUCCGUAUUAGUGUUCAACGUUCUCUGCGCCUUCAUCCCUAUCAUAUUCGGCGUGGUAUUUUUCUUCAUGCCAGAGAGCCCCAACUUCUUGGUCGUGAAGAAUCGCCCAGACGAAGCGCGCGACGCCUUAAUCCGACUCCGCGGCAGGAACUACGACGUCGACACGGAGCUGAAUAACAUGCGAGCGAAGGCCGAAGAGUCGAGAAACAACCCAGUGUCUUUUACCAACGCUAUAACUAAGAGGACUGCGUUGAAGGCACUACUGAUCUGCUACUCGCUAAUGUUACUCCAACAACUGUCCGGAAUCAACGCCGUGAUCUUCAACACGUCGGACAUCUUCGCGGCGGCUGGCGCGGCCAUCCCGGCGGCCAUCGCCACCAUCAUCAUCGGCAUCAUCCAGGUGGUCGCUACCCUCACGUCCAGUCUCGUGGUUGACAAGCUCGGCCGACGAAUUCUUCUGCUCCUGUCCGCACUGGUCAUGUGCGUGUGCUCGACCGCUCUGGGCGUAUUCUUCUUCUUGCAAGCGAUUCAUGGAGCGGACGCGCCGUUAGUGCAGCAGAUCUCGUGGCUGCCUCUGCUGGCGCUAUCCCUUUUCAUUAUAGCGUUCUCGCUCGGAUUCGGACCUAUUCCUUGGAUGAUGGCUGGUGAGCUGUGCACUAUCGAUAUCAAGGCGUUCGUCGGCUCGACCGCGGGUACCCUCAACUGGCUGCUCGCUUUCACCGUGACCAGCACCUUUAAUUCCCUGAACGCUUCCAUCGGCCGAGGGCAGGUGUUCUGGCUGUUCGCUGGCAUCAUGCUGCUAGGUUUCGUGUUCAUCUUCUUCGUGGUGCCGGAGACGAAGGGCCGCAGCGAGGACGAGAUCCAGGUGCUGCUCGGCGCGGAGCCGCGGCAAUGCGAGGAGAAGAAAUAAAUAGACUGAGUUUACUGUUUUGUACUGCCUUGAGGCGUUUUGCCGUUAAAGACCACUCUUAGUUUGAACUAAUCUCGAAAAAUGCUUAGGGACAUAUUGAAUUAUUCUUAUUAAAAAAUAAUCCCAGGUGAUCAUAUUAUGGCAAAAAUGUUAUUUCUAAAUGUAAUUACUGAGAAAUAAUAUAUAUCAAUGCAUUUAAGGUUACGAUUUUAUCAGAUGUGAGUGGAUCUAAGCUUCUUUGGCCAAGAAUGCUUUAAGUGACGUUUAUUUAUUGUGUGCGAGUACCAAAGACUUGUCCCCUUGGCCCCUGCGCCGCGGCCGCUUAAUUAAGUCCGAUGUUGAAUUUAUUUAGUUUUAAAGUAUUUAUUAUUGAAAUAUAUAUUGUAUGUUGUUUGAAUGUUUGGCAGCUUGCUGGUUGUGUCAGUUGUAUGGUGUGUAAUAUGAAAUUCGGUUGUUUGUAAAGUUCAUUUUUCUCUGGUCUUAUUUGGUUGUUUCUAGCCUCAAAAAGCAAUAAUUUUGUUAAUACAACUAGUUCUUUGUGUGUUACUUAUGAAUUGUAUAAUAGAUGAGAAAAUAGCUGUUUUACCCAAAUAUUAGCCAAGAUACGUCCAUUUUGAGAUGAGUUGUUUCUAAACAAGUCAAGUAAAAGAAAAUGGCUUUAAGAACAUUGACAGAGAUCAGACACCUGUAGGCGUUAUUUUACUAUACGUGACGCAAAGUUUUAUAACGAAUUCUUCUACCCUUUAUAAUUAUUAUGAAUACAAACAACUAUUAGGUACUGAACGGAUUUAGUAAUAGUUUUUGCGUUAAGCUAAGCUUUAAAAGACCAACGGCAGGCCGUAGGAACCGCGUAGCAAUCAUUCCAAACCACCUCGUUGCUGUGCAUCACGGCGAUACAUCCAUAUCAUCAAAUAUCAAUACACAAAUAUAAUCAGUUUACUCACUAGAUUGUUAUAAAUUGUAAAAAUGACGUGCAAAUUAUAAAAUCCUAAAAAAACGUGAAAUGUUCGUGAAAAUUUUCAUUGUAGUUUUUAUAUAAAUAUAGAGGAAAGGUAUUGUUAUAAUAAUAUAUUUUGAGAUAAAGUUAUAUUUCAAUUACGCUAGUAGGAAAAUAUUUAAACCUUAUACGAUAAUGAAUUGUUGAUCAGAAGUGAAUGAUAUUAUAGUUAUGUAAUUUAUAUUCAUAAAUAUUAUAAAAAAAAUUGUCAGUGUCUAAAUAAACUGUGUAGCCGCUCUUUGUAUCUAAAAGUGAAGAAAAGUCAUAUUUAAAAAUACAUAGAUGGCGCUAUGGGCUCACACCUAACUACCACCCUAGCCAAGCGAAAAUUGUGCUCAAAGAGAACUUUUAAUUCUGUAUGUUUCACACUAUUGUGCAUUUAAGAAUUUUAACAUGUUUUCAAUGUAAAACAUAGCCAACGAGUCAAAAUCAACUUUGACGUUUUAAUCGACUUCAAUAUUAGUAUUUAUUUACUUAUUAUCUUGACUCAUUGGCCUAAUUUUAAAAAUAUUUGAUGGUAUGUUUAAGAAUUACUAUUUAAAUCGAUGUUCGUUUUAGUUGUACAAUUGCCAAUACAAUUUGCCAUAGCAACAAACACUUGCAAUUUGAAUAUGUAUACUAUUUUCAAAGUUAUGAAAACGAUUUAAUACUUUUGUACUAUGGUUUUAGUUAUUUGCCUAAAUUUUGAGAUUUAUUUGCGAGUUACUUUAGCGUUAAUGUGACUAUACCUGCGUUAGUAGCUGCAUGCUGUGAGUUAAUUUAAUUAGAUGUAAGUUAACUACAAUUUAUUUACAGAAUUAAAAUGAUGAAUAUGAAAUGA